AGCCGGGACGAGGCCCGCAGUGCCCGCGCCUCCCACGGUCAGGAAGUGACGGGUUUCGGUGACGGACUCCAUAGGAGUCCACCGCCGCUGGGGAACGACCGGAAUGCGCCUGGGGACACGGCCUGGCGCGCCGGCGAGUGGGUCCUGUUGGACUGAUGUAUUUUGUUUGGUGGCGCUGGCAGUGCUGGUUCUGGGAAUGGGUUUCCGCUCCCUAGCACAAUGACAGGGUUUUGGGAACCUUGGUGAGGGGGUUAGAAGUGAAUAGAUUCGAAGAGAAGUCUUGUGUCAUAAAGUCAUUUAGCGUGAGUUUGUGUCUUGAGUGGUUCUGUGCCAGAGUUUUCUUAAGGUAGUAUAUGAAAGAUCAGUGCCAAACAGGAAAACUGCACACCAUUUUUGGCAGCACCAUUUUAUGGUGUUACUUCGAGUUUUACAUCCCGGUCUUUACCUUCAAUCUUUGUGUGUGUUUGUGUUUGUGUGUGUGUGUGUGUGUGUGUGUGUGUGUGUGUGUGUGUAUUGGUGCCUAGCUCUAUCUGGUUUUCUUAUUAAAUACAAUGUUUUCAACAGUUGUGUUGAACCUAGUGUCUGCUGAAGAACGCAGUGUUUCUCUGUCCUGCUUCAUCACGUACACAGCCUGUGCUUAAGAUGUUGGAAUGUACCAGAACUUUAGUUUAUUCUGAGUAUAACUUCUCCUGGCUACAGACAAUUAUUAUUUUGUUUGUCGAUAUUUUGUGACAGUGGUAAGAGUUAAAGCAAGAAUUUUGUUGUUUACAGUAUUGUUUACAUAGUGCACUUCCGAUUCUUGAAAUCCGACUGGAACAUAACAGUGUUUGCUGUCACUUUUCCAGUGUUCCCUAACCUACUCCGUGCAACAGGCUUUGUUGAAUGAGAGGUGUAGUCAGUUCAUCUUCCAUCUCCCGCCUGGGAAGGUUCCCGGAGUGCAAGCCUCUCUCUUGCAUGCCAGCUUUGGAGGGAGCGGCAGUUUUGGCCCAUGGAGCACUAGGGGCUCCGAGGGCAGCGCGGGCCGUUGCAAUAGGCAGGAUGACAGUGAAGUUGGGCGACGCCGGCAGCGGGGAGGAAGGGCUAAAGAAGCUGGGCAAGCGGACGGCCGAUGAGGAGUCUCUGGACGGAGAGGGGCCCGGCGGUGCGGACGCGGCAGACAGCAGCAGCACAAAGAGGGACGGGCAGACCCCUCGGGCCGCCGGAGCCCCCGCACCACCCAGAGGGUUACCGACCCCGUCCCCACCACAGGGCAGCCCCCAGGACCAGCACCAUUUCCUAAGGUCCAGCGUGCGACCACAGAGCAAGAGGCCCAGGAAGGACGCACCCUGUGCUGUGGGCAGUGGUGGUGCCAGCGGUUCCGGGACGCGAGGAAAAGGAAGUGACGGUGGCGCAUCAUCUUCAGGAAACGUGUCUGGGGUUGCCUCUGUCACCCCUGCAGGAGGCUCACGCUCCUCCUCCCGGAACAUAGGAUCUUCAGGGCCUGAGAAGGAAGAAGGAAAGAAGGUCCGGAGGCAGUGGGAGUCGUGGAGCACAGAGGACAAGAACACCUUCUUUGAAGGACUGUAUGAGCAUGGAAAAGACUUUGAAGCCAUUCAGAACAACAUCGCUCUGAAGUACAAGAAGAAGGGCAAGCCUGCAAGCAUGGUGAAGAACAAAGAGCAGGUCCGGCAUUUCUACUACCGCACCUGGCACAAGAUUACCAAAUACAUUGACUUUGACAAUGUGUUCUCUCGAGGGCUGAAGAAAUCAUCCCAGGAACUCUAUGGUCUCAUCUGCUAUGGCGAGCUACGCAAGAAGAUUGGGGGUUGCAUGGAUGACAAGAACGCAACAAAGUUGAAUGAACUCAUUCAGGUUGGAGCUACCACAGUACGUUAUAAAGGGAGAAAUCUCCGGAUCAAGGCACCCAUGUGCCGGGCCCUAAAGAAGCUCUGCGAUCCAGACGGUCUGAGUGAUGAAGAGGACCAGAAACCAGUGCGCCUCCCCCUGAAAGUUCCUGUAGAAUUACAACCACGGAACAACCAUGCCUGGGCACGAGUACAGAGCCUGGCCCAGAACCCACGUCUCAGGAUGAUUGUGGAGCUGCAUCGAAAAGUCUCUAGCCUCAUUGAGUUCCUGAAGCAGAAGUGGGCACUCCAUGAAGUACGAAUUCGGAAGACACUUGAGGAGAGGCAGCUGCAGGGCUCAAGCACAGUGCAGACCCAGGAGAAGGUGGCAUUGCACCUGUUCCCAGGCGAGAACUGCACACUGACACCACUACCGGGUGUAGCCCGUGUGGUACACUCCAAGGCCUUCUGCACUGUACACUGGCAAGAGGGUGGCCGGUGCAAACAGGGCACCAAGGACACACACUCACUGCCUCCAGCUCAGAUCCUGGGCAUCCAGAGUGGACAGGGAAUAGCCCGGGGCCAGCUGAAGUGCCAGAGGAGCAGUGCUGAAGGCAAGGGUGGGGGACGACCCCUUCCCACUGCAGAUGCUUCACAGAGUUCAGGGGAAAGUUCCCCUGAGAGUGCUCCUGGAGAGGGAGCAGCUCCAAGUCUGAGCAGCCCGGAUGUCCCUGACAGGCCCUCUCAUGGGCCCCAGGAUUCUGGAUCACAGCUUGAGAAGACCCCUGGGACAGCCCUUACAGUGGGUAGGGACAGCCCUACUCAAGAAUCUGGGGCCCUGCCGUGUUCCUGCGGCCAGCCCCCAGACUUGGAAGAUGAACUCUCACUCCUUGACCCCUUUCCCCGAUACCUGAAGUCUUGCCAUGAUCUCAUCAUCCCAGAGCAGUGCCGCUGUGCAGACACACAGUCUGGGAGAGAGCACCCUCCUCUUGGCAGGGUAGCUUCCCCAGAGGCCCUCCUACCCAUCAGCAGUGAGGUUGCUGACAAUGCUCCCCCUGGUCCGGACCCUCAACCUGGCAGCGAUACUCAACCUGACACCAGGCUUCAGUCAGAUACUUGUACUAAAGAGCUAGUGAGUGCAUGUCCUGAAGAGUCCCAGGAGAAAAGCAGCCCCUCAGAACCUCUGUUGUCUCAGGGACAGCCUGCUACCAGGCCUUCCAAGGAAGUCCCUGCCAGCCAGCUGGCCCAGCAGCUACGUGAAGAAGGCUGGAGCUUGCAGACCUCUGAGAGCCUCACACUGGCUGAAGUCUACCUCAUGAUGGGCAAGCCGACCAAACUGCAGCUGGAGUAUGAUUGGCUAGCUGUGCUGGGCCCGGAGAGCCAGGCACCCACAGCACAGGGACAGACUGCCCUAUCCCGCUCCACUCCCUCAGCCCUCCACCAGCAGCGCCUCCUGAACUGCCUUCUGAGGCUCAUCUCUACUGAGGUCCACCCCAAGAUGGCUUUUGAAGCUAACACAGCAUCAACAGCUUCAGUCAGGCCCACCCAGGAGGAACAGUCCACAACCCCACCAGGCAAGGUAGUGACCAUCAGCUCUCGGAGUCCCCGCUGUUCUCGAAACCCAUCUACCCUCCGAAGCAACAAGAGCUUCCCAUCUGGUUCUGCACCUUGCUCCCCAGGUUUGAGAAAUCCCCCAAGGCCUCUUUUGGUGGCUGGCCCCUCCAGCACCGGAAGCAGUGACUCAGAUGGUGGCCUCUUUGCUGUCCCAACGACUUUGCCACCAAAUAGUCGACAUGGAAAGCUCUUCUCUCCCAGUAAGGAGGCGGAGCUAACUUUUAGGCAGCACUUGGACUCCAUCAGUAUACAGUCAGACUUUUUCUCACCAAAGCCCAAGAAACUACGGAAACGGCACUUACGAAAGCCGCUGGUGGUUCAGAGGACACUGCUCCCUAGACCUUCUGAAAACCAGUCCCACAAUGUGUGCUCCUUCUCCAUCCUGUCUAACUCUCCUAUAGCUGGGAGAGGCUGGUUCCGGCCCAUCCAGUCUUCUCUGACCAAAGCAGCUCUGUCUCGACCGAUAGUGCCCAAGGUCCUCCCAUCUCAGGCCACCAGUCACCUGCCCAGUGCCAUCGACUUAGCAGCUCAAAGCGCUGGCAUCAUCCCUGGAAGUCCCUUGCCAGUUUUAGAUCCUGAUGGUUCAUCUGGCGUCUCUCCACUGUCUUCAGAACAAGCAGCCACUGCCAUCUCGGGGCAGGGUGACACUGGACCACACCAGAACAGAGACCCUGUUACAGCUGUAAGGGGCACGAAUGACCCAUUUAUCGGUGUUUCAAGACCAGAACAGGAGCCAAUGACAGACGACUUCCAGCAGGGAUCAUCUGUUCUGACCUUACCUGAGCUGUCUAAGGCUAAUCUCCACAAUGGCCUGUCCAUACCUGUACCCUCAUCAGAGGGCUCCAGCACCCGUCUCUCCCCACCCAAUGUUUCUGCACUUCUGGACAUUUCCCUCCCUGGCCCACCUGAGGAUGUUCUCUCCCAGGGAGAACCUGCCACACAGAUCAGCGACUCCAUCAUUGAAAUUGCCAUCAGCUCUGGACAGUACAGUGAAGGAGUUCCUCUUUCUCCAGCAAAACUGAACGGCAGUGACAGUUCCAAGAGUCUUCCCUCCCCAUCCAGCAGCCCCCAGCCCAACUGGAUUGCCUCUCCCACUCAUGACCCCCAGUGGUACCCCAGUGACUCUACGGAUUCUUCGCUCAGCAGCUUGUUUGCCAGCUUCAUAUCUCCAGAGAAGAGCAGAAAGAUGCUACCAACUACUGUUGGGGCCAACAGUGGCACAUCUUUGCUUGGCCCUAGCUUGUUGGAUGGAAAUUCAAGGGACUCAUUUGUGUCUAGGUCUCUGGCUGAUGUUGCAGAAGUGGUGGAUUCCCAGUUGGUGUGCAUGAUGAAUGAGAACAGCAUUGACUACAUAUCUCGGUUUAAUGACCUGGCCCAAGAAUUGUCCAUCACUGAGCCUGGCCGCCGGGAGGUUCUUUUUGAUGGUGGAGGAGGUGGUAAUCCUGUUGGUGACCUCUCUCAGUGACUGUGCUUCGUGACACAGGCAUCCUGGAAUCCACAAGGGAGGUCUAUGGAGCAGACCACAUGAAACCUGUCUGCAUCAGAGAGAAAGUCAAGUCCAGAAUCCUGAGAAGACAGUGAACAGGAGCACCUCUAGCAGCAUAACAAUGUCCACAUGCAAGCAGAGGUUGUACCAUCCACAGAGGCCAGGGCAAGCUGGCCUGAGAAGGGUAGACCUCAGAAGUCCUUUGGGUGUUGCAGCCCUUGUAGUCUUGUAGCCUGUGUGCCAUCCUGACUGUAUGUCUGUGUGUUGAGCCUUCCAGAGGGGCUCCUCCUUGCAAGAAACAUGCCUAAUGUUCAUUUUGUCUUUGGAGCUGUUAUCCUAUUUGAAGGGAGGCCACAGCCACUGCUGCUUUCUUUCUGAUAUCCUUUUUUCCACUUGGCUGUUCUGUCUGCAGUGAUGUUGCAAGGGACAAUGAGUAUAGACCAGUCUUCUUUUCUGGUUGUAUCUUGAACCUAAGACACUUCCUGGAUGCCUUGACCAUGAAGCAGAGAAGGGUCCCAGAGUCAUGUUGCUAAUGUUAUCUUCCCAAGAUUACUAACCCUCACCUAGUGCUUCCUACUCAAACCAUCCAGAGGUUUGGUUCUUCCUGGCAUAAGGAGGAGGAGGUUGUAAAGCUGGUUGGGAAUGGUUUCCUUGCAGUUAAAGAAUUGGGAGACGGACAAGGAAUAGUAAGAGUCCUCUAUGUAGGUGGCUCUGCUCUCAACCUGUGCUUAGUCCUAGUUCUUUCUAAGUGAUCUAAGAUACCAUUCCUCUCUACUGGCCUGACCCCUACCCCCACCCCCAAAUGCACCUCUAUGUCUUCAGAUUUUAUGCGUGCUUAAAUUUUUCAUGUGUUAUUGCUGGUAUCUGAGGGCUGUUUCUCUUCCUGUUCUGGGACCCAAGCAGGGUUUAGAUGUCAGGGUGUAGGAAGAGCUCACAGCUUGUUGAUUUUUAGCAGCUCUUUUAUGGAGUCCAGCGGCGGUCACAAUUGUCAUGAUUGGGCCAUUGUGCCUAGAGUGAUGCCAAAAAGAGUUCCACAACCCUUCCUUGCCCUUUAGUAGGUCCUUGCAACAUGGUCACUCCUGCUGUACCUAGGACGUCAGAUAGCCAUGACUGUAGUUCUUGGUGAACAGGUGACCCCUGCACUAGCUCACUCUCCACAUAGUAGCCAGGGCUGACUCCCCCCCCCCCCUUUUUUUUUUUCCCUGAGACAGGGUUUCUCUGUGUAACCCUGGCUAUCCUAUAACUUGAUUUGUAGACCAGGAUGGGCUGGAGAUCCAUUUGUCUCUGCCUCCUGAGUGCUGGGCUAAAAGUCAUGUAUGACCAUACCUAGCUUGCCAGGCCCUGUAUAACUCCUAAAACUGCCACCUCUGCCUUCCACCUCUUUUUUUUUUCUUCUUUUUUUUUUUUUUUUUUCCAGAGCUGGGGACCGAACCCAGGGCCUUGCGCUUGCUAGGCAAGCGCUCUACCACUGAGCUAAAUCCCCAACCCCUGCCUUCCACCUCUUCUAGUCUCCUUCCUCGAACAGUAGUACUUAAGACCAGCCCAGACCCUUACUUCUCUCCUUCUGCAAUGAAGAAAGGGAUGGAAAUGUCCCUUUUGGGACACCUGAUCCAGUUGUUUCACUGGCUACUACAAACUCUACAAUGCAGGCUGUACUCCAGAAACGAGUACAGGGGCUCUUGACAGUAAAUUCCGUCACCUCCCAGGAUCUUCCUGCCUCUUGUACUGGAAAGGAUCUGCCCCAGAUGCUGGCAUGUCGACCCCUACAUCUGCUAAAGGUCAAACUGUUGGAUGAGGAGAGCAGUAGCAUAUGGUGCCGUUAAGACUAUGGUAAAGUAGCCAGUGUGUCUCUUCACCCAGUUGUGUGCUUUCAGCAAUGCCUUACUUAGCUGAAGGCAUUUAGAUCUUGGGACUGUAGACUGGUGAGGAGACCAGGCUCAGCUUAGACCGCUGCUAGCUGCCCCUCCUUUGUUUCAGAUAUUCUCUCCCACAACAUGAAUAAGCAUGGGUGCUUGUAGAAUCCUGGUAACUGAGCAUGUUAGGUAGUUGGUUCCCAUCAGCCAGUGAAUGCUGUGAGGCAUAUAAUAGUCUGUGCCGUCUAAAGGGAGUUGAGACUGCUUUGAGGAACAGAGACCUCAGCCCUUGUCGCCCAGUAGCAAGCAAGGUAUCCAUCGAAUGGACUGGUGCUUUACUCUAAGGAAGCUGACAGGAUUCCAGAAGAUUCCACUGCUUCUUUAACAGCCAGCCAUAUUUGUUUGCUCAUUGUCGCCAUAUUAAAGGACAGAUGGUGGUGGCAUUUGUAGCAGAGAAUCAGUGGAUGUAACUUCCCCCAGCCUAAUCAAAUAUCUAUACAUGAAACCUGGAAACUGCUAAAGGUUGGAAUUUUGAAAAAAAGAAACCAAACAAAACCAGCAAGGAAGCCUCCUAGGAUCUACAUCUUCCUUCUCGUCCUUUCCGACAGUUUUGAUAUCCAUGUUCACUCGGGCUUCCUUUCCUCAUGGGAACUUAGUGUGACAUAUAUUUGGUUGGUCUUUGAGAAGAUUUUUUUUUUUGCUAAUACUAAUGUUUCUUAGACAUGUUGAUUCAUCUUUUCAAAAGAUUGGGAACUUGUAUCUGGUGCUUGGCAUGGACUGUGUCCUAGAGAAGAUAGACACUCAGGCGAGCCGAAGUCCAUAUGUCCUGUCAGGCAUAGUACUUGUCAGGGAGUGGAACUUGGGACAUUUCAUCAUGGUCAACUUUUUCCUACCCUCUUCUUUUUCAUUCCUUGUCAUAGCCUCUGCUAGGGGAGGUGUCAUUCAGUUUAAUAGCAUUUUUAACCAGACCACAUUAUUAAAAAUGGUCAAAACAAGUUUAGAAGGAAAUUGUUUUAUGUACUUUUAAAACAAAUCUCCCAGAUGCAUUCAUGAGGAAAUACUGUACUUUGUCUUAAUUUUAAAAAGAAAAAAAAAAACCUUAAAAAAGGAACGAAACCCACAGUAUACCUUUCCCAGAGGCUAGCCUGUGAGGUCAGUCCAGUUUUGGAAGCACUGCACAGCCAGACCCUUACUGGUUAGUUAGAUCACUGGCUGCGGGUGCCCCCGGCAGGCAGAACUCAGUGCUGUUUGCUUUGAUAAUCGUUAAGCCAUAUCAUCUGAGGUUUCCGGCUUGAGAUGUGAAUUUGUUUUAUAGACUAUAAAUAUACAAUGUAUGUAUAAAGCAGAAUGCCUGUCCUUCUGGUUAUUUUUUGUACCAUAUUGUAAAUUACAUUAUUUAUUCUUUACCAAUUUUUUGGGAAUAAAAGGUGUUUUGGUUAUUUAAUAAACAAAAACUGUUAAACUUCGGCUAAAAUUUCCAGUUCGGCUUGUAAAUGUUUUUAUUGUGCAUAAAUACAUACUAAUACUUCAUCUAA